CCCAAUAAUAAAAGUGGUCAUUCACAUCCUUUAACAAAACCCCCCAACCAAUUAACUUUCCCAAUAUAUUAUUUGACCUUUUUUUUUUCUCUCUCUCUCUGUUUGUUUGUGUGUCUCCAUUCAUUUUUUUUUUUUUCUCUGCCAUGGAAGAUGAUGAGGCAUGCAUCACGAGUCUGAGCCUUGGACUUGGAAUAAUGGGAGGGCAUGCUCAAAAGAAGGAGAAUGAGCAGAAAGUUCAUUGCUUGGACCUAUCCUUUGAGCUUUGUCCAAAAGGGAAAGAAGAAGUAGAAGAAGCCAUUGACGUGGAUCAACAACAACAACAACAUGCUAAUAAGGCAAAAGGGUUGUUGUGUUUGAAGCACCCUAAUGAUGAAACAAGCCCUGAUAGCAACAAUAGCAAUAACGGUAGCAGAAAGAAACUGAAGCUCACAAAGGAGCAAUCAGCCACCCUUGAAGAUAUUUUCAAGCUGCAUAGCACUCUUAACCCCGCACAGAAACAGGCACUUGCUGAGCAAUUGAAUUUAAAGCAUAGACAGGUUGAAGUUUGGUUUCAGAACAGAAGAGCAAGGACCAAGCUGAAGCAAACAGAGGUGGAUUGCGAGUUCCUGAAGAAAUGUUGUGAGAAACUAACAGAUGAAAAUCAAAGGCUGAAGAAGGAGUUGCAAGAGCUGCGUGCACAAAAGAUUGGACCAACACCAUUAUACAUUCAACUCUCCAAGGCCACAACCUUGACCAUUUGUUCAUCUUGUGAGAAACUGUUGAAGCCAAAUGAAGGGAACAACAAAGGAGCCAUUUCCAAUGUGAUCCGAAACAGUAGCAACAAAUUGAAGAACAGCAUAGAGUUAGGGGGUAUCUAGAAACUAUGAGGAACUCAUAAUUUGGUGAAGGAUAUUGGAAUGUCAGAAUGCAAUUAGUAUGAAACAUGGAUAGUUUAGUAAAAAGAAAAGUACACACCACCAGUCCCCACAUCGAAUAAUUUGUAUAGCCGUGUAGGACUGCGUGUGGUAUAUUAUAGGCUAGAAUCUAGAUAGUUAAGUUAACUUGGUGUCUCUUUCUAGUUUCUAUUCAUUCAAAUACAAAUUAAUCAAAA